CCAGACAUCCUGACAUAAUCACGGGGCUCCUUUGAAAACUGCAUCGAGUAAUUUAGCACUUGGGGAGGGAGGAAUUAUAUCCGUUUGAAAAGAAACCUCACACACGCAGAACCUCCAAAACGAUCGAUAAAUUUCCCUCGACCUUCUUUACCGCCCGGGAAAUAUCCUCUAGCCUAAAAUCCCUUUCCGAAGCGGGGUCCCCCUGUUUUGGAGCUGAACGGAGGAGGCUACGCUUGCAGCGCGGAGCUCUCCACGGCCAAGUCCGAUUUUUUUCGGGAAAAGAGAGUGAUGUCGGCCGCAGCACCCUGGAGGUCCGAGCCCUGCUCGCUCUCUGUGCUCCGUACACCCUCACACAGAUCUGUGUGCAUGUUGUGUGUGUGUGCGGGGACACAUCCAGGCACAGGAACCGCAAGCAGAGCCUGGAGAACACAAGCUUUCCCUGGGUUUUGUCAGAUAUAAAACAGGCCGGGGACAGUGAGAACAAAAACCAAAAGGACUCGGAAUGGGAUUUCCCAGAAUUUUCCUCUUCUCCCUAAAUUUUUGUAGCAUUCUCGCACUCGUCGCCGUGGCCAUUUCUCGUGGGCGCCUCCAGCGCAGCCCCGGCCUCUGCUGGCCCAGCCACGGCCGCGGAGCUGAGCCCGGCCUGCCCCGGGAACACCUCCUGAAGCCUCUCUCUUGAACUUUUCCUACCCAAGGUCUCGACAGGCUGCUCUCGCUGUCCUCUUGGCGUCUACAUGGAGAAAAUCUGGCAGGGGCUCCCUUCCCAGCAAUCCCCGAUGUGCUCCAAGCGCACCGAGAGGCAGCCUCUCUCGGAGGGAGGGGUGCGCUGCGCUCGCAGUCAAAUUACAUGGCUGGCCUCAAAGGCACCAGCUCCGGAUUUCCAAAUUAAUACUCAUCUUUUAAAAGACGAGCCAAGAAGAAAUUUCGAGGAAGGUCUCAGAUGCGGGACCUUGGGGGAAAAGGCUCUUUUCGGAGUUUUAGAAAACUUCACCUCGGUGCAGUGCACAGAUGAGGGAAUACCUGGGCAGAAGUGCUGCCUUUCCCCGCGUCGCUUCACUGGCCGUUCCCCUGGGAUAGUGCGGGUCACUCAUCGCUUGUCCGGCUCUUCUCGCUGCAAGAACACCGCAAAGGUCAGGCCGCUGCGGGGAGUCACUGCUCGGCUCCCGCCUGCGCGCUGCGGGCGGACACCGGCCGUGCUGCUCGGCCAAGCUCUUCACAGCCGCCACAUCUCUCCGUCAGCAUCCAGACACAGCGCUCGGGGUCAGGGCCGGGCUGGAAUAGCCGUGGCCGGGACAGGAGUACAGCAGCCUGCCCGGGCAGGGCUUGGCCCCGAGCCGGAGCUGGCCGGGCACGGAGCGGGGCUGCGGCACGGAGCGAGCCCGGGGAGCUGCGGCGGCCCCGGGUCCUCGCUCCUCUCCUCUCUCAGGCAGUGAAGGCGGCAGGGGUAGCAGCCGGGAAUCGAAAGUGACCCUCUCUCCCGACUCCUGCCAGGUCUGCGCUGUUUGAUGCUGCGAUCCAACUUGAGCGAUAAUUUUCUCCAUAUGGGCAAGAGAGCGCGCACACGGCGGUUCUCUCCACAAAUCACCUACCUCCAAUUGCUUUUCACUUUCCACAAACAGUUACAGGGGGAAUAAAUAAAUAAAUAAAUAAAUAAAUAAAUAAAAAAAGAAAAGAAAAAAGAAAAAUAAAAGAGAGAGAUGUUAUGGUAAAGAAAGUGGUUUUUGACCGCAGGUCGGAAAAUGCAACCGGUGCCGGCGAGGGGCGGGCGCGCUGCUGCCCGCAGGCUCCGUCCGAGAGCCGCGGGUGUCCCGGAGAGGGAGUGCUCCCCAUAGCUAAAGGAUGGGGGAGGCAGAGCAGGAACCUGGACCUCCUUGUGGGAAGAAGUGCGUGCGGCUGCGAGGGGUCUGCUCCGCAGGCAGCGCCGAUGCAGAGCCUCGCUGCUGAAAAUCUGCUCUGCAGCUUCCCUGCUCCCCAGCGCAGCCAAGGCAAGGACAGCGCUCCCCGCAGCUCCCCGCAG